UCUUCUUCUUCUUCUCCACUUUCAGUUUGAAACUGUAAACUUUACCGAGUCAGCGGAUUUCUUAUCAGCUGACUGCGGCUCCGCUAUGUCACGUGACUUCAUCCUCUUCCUGGGUUGGCCACGGGUUCAGCGGUUUUUUUCCUAUAAAAACAUCAACAUGGUCCAACAUCUGCAGCAGAACAGGAGGGAAAACAACAAACCGCCAAAACCCACCGGACUUUCCUUCUAGUCUUUUCUAUACUGCGUCACUUCAACGGACGUUGGUGACGAGCCUCGCUGGACACGAAGGUUUUGAAACAGCAAACGAACAGGCAGACAUCUCUGGGAAGAUGCCGUCCAACAAGUCGGUCUCCGACGCUCCCAUCACUCAGUUUGUAAACUGCAGAAUCCUCAGAGACCACAAGCUGCAGAGGGAGGACCUGUGGGUGCGUGAAGGCAGGAUUUUAGAUCCAGAGAAGUUGUUUUUUGAUGAACAGGGUUACGCAGACGAGCAGGUGGACUGCGAAGGCCAGAUCCUCGCCCCGGGGUUUAUAGACGUCCAGAUUAAUGGAGGAUUCGGCGUGGAUUUUUCUCAGGACUCCCAGGAUGUCGCCGCUGGAGUUUCCUUCGUGGCCAAGAAUAUCCUGGAGCACGGCGUCACCUCCUUCUGCCCCACCCUGGUCACGUCACCCUGCUCCGUCUACCACAAGGUUCUACCUCAGGUUAAAGUCCACAACGGAGGACGUCAUGGAGCUGGAGUUCUCGGUUUUCACCUCGAGGGUCCCUUCAUCAGUGAGGAGAAGAAAGGAGCCCACCUUCACAAGUACAUCAGAUCCUUCAAGUCUGACCCGGUUCUGAAGCUGAAGGAGGUCUACGGCAGUCUGGACAACGUUGCCGUGGUGACCCUGGCCCCAGAGCUGAACGGCAGCCAAUUAGUGGUGAGGGAGCUGUGUGGGAGGGGCAUCACCGUCUCGUUAGGACACUCUGUAGCGAACCUGUCUCAGGCGGAGGACGCGGUCAAGUGCGGCGCGUCCUUCAUCACUCAUCUGUUCAACGCCAUGCUGCCUUUCCACCACCGGGACCCAGGAAUCGUGGGCCUGCUGACCAGCGAUCAGAUUCCUGCGGGAAGAACCGUUUACUACGGAAUGAUCGCCGACGGCGUCCACACAAACCCAGCUGCGCUGCGGAUUGCACACAGAGCGCACCCUGCAGGUUUGGUUCUGGUGACCGACGCCAUUGCAGCCAUGGGUCUUCCUCCGGGCCGACACACUCUGGGUCAGCAGGUCAUCGAGAUCCAGGGUCUGCACGCUUACGUGGCAGGUUGGACUUUCACUGGCUGUGUCUCACACACACACACACAGAGACACACACAUUUACCAAACACAGAAUGUUUUUGUCUCUCAGGUACAAAGACGCUGAGUGGAAGCAUCGCCACCAUGGACAUGUGUGUGAGACACUUCAAACAGGCGUCAGGCUGCAGUGUUGAAGAAGCUCUAGAAGCUGCUUCUCUUCAUCCUGCUCAACUUCUAGGAAUUGAACACAGGAAAGGAAACCUGAACUACGGCUCAGACGCAGACUUCACGCUGCUGGACGACCACCUCAACGUCAGCGCCACCUACAUCUCAGGAGAACAGGUUUGGAGGAAAGAACGGUAGGAAAUGGGCAACAUUGGUGCCUGCAGAGGGCGCCAUUUCUCACAAAACCAGGAGCAUACCAACCGUUGUCACUGUGAACUCUCAGAAUCCACACGUGAUAAAUGUGUUGACAGGAGAGGAAGGCGUGUCUUCAGAUGAACACUGAUUGGUUCUCGCUGUUUUCUUUGUCUUUUUCAGGUUUGUUUUUCUGAGGUAGUUUUUUGAUGAUAUCAUUUUUUUUGUCACCUAUAUAUAUAUAUAUAUUUAAUUCUACGCUAAUCAAUAUUGUAUCUAAGGUUAAAUACUUAAUUAAUUUUAAUACAUUCUAUGGGUUCUUCCCGUAAACACAUCCUGCUGCUGUGGCUUCAGAUGAUUGGCCCGGUCACUGUAGUUACUUCACUACUGUAAAAAUGCAGAUUGCACAUCACAUUUUUUCCAGGUAUAAUUUUAAUGACAUUUCUGUCGAAACAGUGUCAGACAUCUAUCACAGUAGGAAACAAAAUCAUUGGAGGUAAAACGGUUUAGGCAACUUCAAAUUCAAACAUUGCUCUUCCUUCAUGGAAUCAGAACAUUUUCACAGACAAACGUCACUGAAGAAAAAAAGAAAAAACACCCAGACAUUUUACAAACUGAGCUCAAAAACUAAAUUUGGUCGCAAACAUUCUUUGGUUUGUGCACUAGUGUGCCUACUACAGACAGAACACGCCUGAUGCAGCGCCCUCGUUUGGCCGAUACACUAUACUACAUCAAUUACAGAGUUCUGUUUCUUUCAUGCAUUGAUUUACAUAUGGGCACAAUUCUUUUUCAUACAAUUUAUAUAAAAUGACUAUGUCUAUGUGUCUUUUAGUUAAAUAAAUCGUAAAAAAAUAAAAA